GCUCUAAAGCUCUGGAUUGGUCCAGUGAGACACAGAGGGCUGGAAAAGAGCCACUAUAUAUUGCUCAGCAGGAAAGACAGCUCCAGACAGUGUUGAACUUUUCAAAGACCCAUUUUGCUGUUGAGAAGUUUUGUUUAGAGCUAACGAGCUAAUCCACUACCAAGAUGUGCAAAGGACUUGCAGCCUUGCCCCACUCAUGCCUGGAAAGGGCCAAGGAGAUUAAGAUCAAGUUGGGAAUUCUUCUCCAGAAGCCAGACUCGGCUGUCGACCUUGUCAUUCCAUAUAAUGAGAAGCCGGAGAAACCAGCCAAGAUCCAGAAACCCUCGGCGGAUGAGGCCCUGCAGUGGCGGGAUUCCCUGGACAAGGUCCUGCAGAACAGCUAUGGGCUUGCCAGUUUCAAAAGUUUCCUGAAGUCCGAAUUCAGUGAGGAAAAUCUUGAGUUCUGGAUUGCUUGUGAGGACUACAAGAAGAUCAAGUCCCCUGCCAAGAUGGCUGAGAAAGCCAAGGAAAUUUAUGAAGAAUUCAUUCAAACAGAGGCUCCCAAAGAGGUAAAUAUUGAUCACUUCACUAAAGAUGUCACAAUGAAGAACCUGAUGGAACCUUCCUUAAACAGCUUUGACAUGGCCCAGAAGAGAAUCCAUGCCCUGAUGGAGAAAGAUUCACUGCCUCGCUUUGUGCGCUCAGAAUUUUAUCAGGAGUUAGUCAAGUAAAAAUAUGGUGAGGCUAUAACAAUCAUCUUGGGAGUUAUGCCCUCCAUAAUCACACUGCAUUUUUCAAUAACCUAUACAGCUUCGCACCGCAGCUUUGCUCAAAAUACCCAAAUCGGGAAAAUCCCAAAGAGUGUUGCUUAUUUGCCCAUGUUGUUUUGGACGUGGAUCUAUUAUCCUGUCCAGUGCUUUAUUUUUCAUUUCUUUUUGCUAUCUCAUUCUUAAUUAAACCCUAUCCAGGAAUUCUGUCAGCCUCAAUCAGAAUCACAAUAUUCUUCCUAAAACAAAAAUACAAAAGAAAAAAAUACGGUAUCAUUAAAUGUGGGUUUAGACAGAAAAUGAUCACCCUCUAAAUUAGUCUAAGAGAGAAUACAGGUGUGAAAGACCGGUUUCAAAAGGGAGCAUAAAUGAUCUGGUUUAUUGUUUUAAUUUCUGUUCAGGGUGAUCACCUCCUAAUUACUUCUGAAUUUGGUUAGUAAAAGUGUAAGAUUUCACUUUAUUUUCAAGAAAAUACAUUAUUCAAACUACUGAUCUUUCUUUUAAAGCAUCUUCCUGUUAACUAGAUACCAUGGAGAUAUGAUAAACGCAAUGUGUUUAUACAAAAUCAACCUGAAUACAAAUCAUAUUAAUUCAUAAUUACCUCCUUGACUGUCUGUCCUGUAUACUUACCAAACUCUAUUUUAAAUCCAUGGCCUAAAAUCAACAGUGAACUACAUAUAAAUUUAUCUAUGCCCCUGUGAUAUAAGCCAAAAGUUUCAAUUUUCAAGUCAUUGAGAUUCUUGUGAAGGUACAAUUAGUUCAAAAAUUCUAAUUCCGGUCACAUAAAUUAAAACUGUUGCUAUGUAUUAAUGAUGUUCCACUUCAAUAUCAAGAGGCCAAUCCACUAAAAAAGGAAAAUAGUGUUCAACUUAAAAUGGCUAAUUACCUUAGGAUGCCAUCUGUUUUUUUGCAAAGAUGAUUGUCUUCAAAAACAAAGAUUAAUAUUCAUAAAAAUUAAUGUGACUGUAUGUGGAGGCUUUCUACGUGAGACAGAAUUUUACUUUAAAAUAUCCUGUGUUUUGCAAAAUAUUAUGAUCUUCUAGCAAACCAUCUUCUCACACUGUUUUGCUUCCUACAUUAGUAACUUGUAACUGUAGUGAGAAAAUCAGAUUUAUAUUCCUGACAUGCCUCAUAUACAACUAAUCUAUAGGUCAUAACACUUUUUAGUAGGUUUGAACUUUAAUUCAGUGUUUCAUUAUUACACGUCUUGGCAGAAUCUUUUGCUUAUCUUUAAUAAAUCUGAUUAAGUAAUGAUUUACAUAAGUUAGCAGUAAAUUAAAACGAACUGAACCAGGCAUGAGAGUAGUAAGGUGAGGGAAUUGAGUGAAUCUACAAGAAAAUGGUUUUGAAAAGCUUAAUAAAAUUCUGAAAUGUGUAAGUAGAAGUUUACAUCAUUUAGUCUUGUAUUUCCUACUUUGGUUACUCUUUUUCAUUAGCACAUUUUUAGUAUGUAUAUAGCUCAUUCAGUUACUUCCUGACAAUACUGCAAGUAAAGAAAUAACGUUACUCUAUUCUUUGGCAAACACAUGGUGAAUUUUCUGGCUUUUUUUCUUUUUUUUAAUUGCAAAAGAUAACAUGUCUGAAUAGGCUGACAUUUCUCAUUUUGAAAGUAGUUCGGAGUGACUGGUCCACAGCUGCAGUUGGUAUGAAUUUCAUUCAUUCUCGUCCAUGUUGCCUACUUGAGAGAAACUCCUAAUGAGUCGGGUCACAGCCGGGUGGGAUCAGUCUUGUGAGCAUGAAGAAGUUCUGGGCCCACACACUUGUGUGAGAUGGACGAGGCGCUCAGAUCAAAGGUUCCACGGUGUCCUUUGGCACUCUGUUUCUCAACAACUGUCUGCUCUGCUCAGAAUCACCUGGACCAGCACCAGCCCUUGAUUUUCUCAUGCAGCUAGAAAUGUUAGGAACCAAAGAAUAUAAGGGAGUUCUUUCUUUACCGAAUGCCAAAUGUUUUAAGAAAAAUGUAAUUAAACAUUUUAAAAUCGCAUCCAUAUUAUUUGAAAUACGCCAAGUGUUUUGAAGUGCCCACAGAAUAAACUAGAUUUCAGAGGUUUUAUCCGGUGGUGCUGUUGUGAAGACUCCGAUUGAUCCUGUUUACCAACACACCGCACACUCCGUGUCAGUGGAGGAGGAGAAGGGCCUUAGCUUUGCAUAAGCUGACCCAGGAGGCAAAGAACAGGAAAGAUACAGUAAGGGCCAUGUUGUAAAAGCUAUAAAAAGAUGAAAAGAAAUAAUGUCCUCCAGCUAACAGGUGACAUUUUCCCAUAUAUUUAUAUAUAUCUAUGUCUGUAUAACUACAUAUAAAUUUACAUUUAAAGUGGCGUAUAUAUAUACACAUAUAUUUGAAAUUCUUCUAACAUGUAGAAAUAAAAUGAAUAUAAUAUAUGAGCCCAAUAUAAGAAACAAAUUACCCUAAAUGUUUUUUGAAAGCUUUUUUAAACAUACAGGGAAUAAAGCCCUGUUUAUGUAGCAGUUUCCAAGGAUACACACAUAUGCACACAAAAAAAUAUAUUUUUCUAGUUCUGGAAAAUUAGAAAAAGUGGAAUAAGCUUUCCAGAAAAAAAUGCGUAACAUUUCUAUAUUACUCCUCUUACCACCUCCAUUUCCUCUCUACUUUCCCUUGCCUGGGAAAGCAGGAAACUUAAUGCAGGAGCCUGUGGGGCUCAUAUUUUCUUUCCCUGUGAAAAUGGAACCAAAAUUGUAAGUGGAUUUCGGAAGGAUAGAUGUGGUGGAACUAUAUUUUGGUCAGCGGAAGUAGAGAGAAUAUGAUCCUCACUAGAGAGAAACUUAGGAUUAGUCCAAGUAAUGCCCCGGAUCUAAGAGUUUCUGCCCAGGGUUGAUAUAGUUGGUGUUGGGUCAGACAAAAAUUUCAAUUAGAGCAGGAUAAAGAGACACACUAUUAACUGUAGAGUAAAUCAGGAGGCGUUUAUCUGCUUUUCCAUGCAAGCAUCCGUCCGUUUAUCUCCUGUUCCUCUACACACACACACACACACACACACACAGAGGAACACAUUUUCUUUCUCCUAGGUAGGCACCUUUUGGAACAUAGGAUUGAAGUAUAUUAGUAACUCAGCUUUCAAAUCAAGAGUCAAGCAUGAAAACAUUUUGUUCCACCUCCACAAUACUCUGUGUAAUAGAAUUCUUUAUAAACUCUGUUCUAAGUAAAUUUCAGGGUUUAGUGCCUAAGGUUGAAGUUUGUGAAAAAUUUGUUUUUAUUUUCGUUCUCCUCAAAGUCAUUGAUUUUACUUGGCGAUGUGUUCUCUGUGCACAAUCCAUCUCAGCUGGAUGAAAAUUACAUCCAAAAAAUAAUUGGUAUCCAGAAGUUUCAACAAAAAUUUGAGCAUUAACAAAUCAAUUGAUAAACUAAUAAACAUUCCCUUCUAGGGCUUUGCCAAACUGUCACAAAAUUACAAAUUUAAUGGCUUGAGAAUCACAGAGAGGGUUACCUGUAUAUCAGGGAAAUGACUUGUACUCCUAAAAGUGCUCCUUUUAGCAGGCCAGUUUCAGUUUCCUGACAAUUUAGUAGAUUUGGAAGAGAAUGGGCCAGAGAAAAGGAAGAGAGCAGACGAAGAAGUGGGAAGGAAGUACUCAGCCUGUGAAUUUUACCACUAGCUAGAAACACUGAAUCGUAGCUCGGCUUGAGGAAAAUCUAUCCACUUCUUGCUCUAUCUUCCAGAUUCUCAGGGAGGCCGUUCUGGACCCAGAAUGCAGUUAGGUGAGAAAGUUCAUUUUGCUAUCACAGGCAGCCUUCACUAGAAGAAAAGAGUGGAUAAGGGGGACCUCCAUUCUGUUUUGACUCGCAGUUGCCAGAAAGCAUGUAGGAGAACUGAGUUUUCAACACCCAAACAUCCAAACCCAAGGGCUAGGCAACUCUAUGUAGGUUUGGAUUUAAGUCUUGGUGUGUCUCAGUGUGUCUUGCCCUAAUAGUUAUUAGAACCCUCUAAUUAUGUAGUCUUUUGAUUCUAUUAGAAAAGCAUGAAUUUAACAUUUGUUAAAAGUUAAAAACUUAGCAGCUGCCUCUUGUGUAAAACAUACUUUUCAUCAAAUAGAUUCUGUGGCAAACCAGAGCAGGCACUAUUUCAAGGAAGGCUUUCCUCAGCACCAGUUAACCAUUCUGAAAUGGGAAAGGUCAGCUUUCCAAUUGAGGAGAAGUCUGUAACUUUGAAUGGGAACUCAUAGCAGAGAGUGACAAGCAAAAUAUGCAAAUAAAUCUUUGCAGUAUUAUCUUCAACUCACAGUUUAAUAAUAAUCGUCUUGUUUUAGUGGGGAAUCUAAAAAACCUUAUUCAUACUCAGUUUAAUUACUCUCCUAUAAGUCAUUUAUUUGCACUUCAGAUAUUUUUCCUUCCCAUUUCACCCUAUACUUUCCUUUCUAUUCUCCCUCUGUGAGAAGAAAUAUUUAAAAUAGACAUUUAAUAUAAUAAUUAUAAUUAAUUAUAAUAAAUAAUUAAUAUAAUAAUUAAUACAUUAAAGCACUUACUUAAGAAAGCAUAGACAAAAUAAAUAAGAAAUGGGCCACUGAAGAAAAUAAACCUGGAUAAUGUUUGAUUUGGAGAAACAACAACAACAAAAAAAUUUAACAUCUCAUGAAUCAUUUUCAGAAUAUACUGCCAAGAGAAGUGAGUAGAAAUUAAAGAUUUAUUAAAACAUUUUCAGCAUUUGUCCCAUGAAUGUUUAAUUCUUGAACAAUCAUGUUUAUAUUCUGACUUUUUGUAUUCAAACCUCGUAUACCAACUAUGUAACUCACACAUUUUAAUAAAUUAAGCACCAAAUAUGUAUCUGUAACCAUAACUGCAUACAUCAUAUUAAAUAUAUAUCUAUGUAGUAA